AUGUCAACAUCUGAGGAGUACGUUGGCCAGUCUGGUCGUAAUUAUAGGAUUGAGCGGGUGCUUCAAGAAGAAACCUUCCCUCCACGCUGGGUUGGCCUUGCUAUUACGGGUGACCAGAAGUACAUAUUGAAGUAUAUUCACCCAGUCAAUUUUGAAGACCUCGAAGAUGUAAACAAUAAGCUCCGCGGUAGAGCCAACCACGUCCGUCUUUCCCAAGACACGAUCCCCAAGAAAUCGAUGUUCGUUUUCGAUUACCUAGCGGACCACCUCCUACAUCUUGUCCAGAAGGACUUGCCUCUUGAGACCACGAAAACGAUCCUCAAAAAGGCUCUUCUUGGAAUUGCAGAACUCCAUGAUCAGGAUAUUGUCCACACCGAUAUAAAGGCCGACAAUUUUUUUAUCGACUGGAACGCUCAAGAAAAUGGUAUCCAUGUUGAGAGAGUGCAGCUUGGUGAUUUGGAAGCCGCAGCAUACAUGCCUCCUGGAUCAGCUAUGGUUGGAAAACAGGCAGGCAACCCAAUGUGGAGAAGCCCCGAAGCCCAUGCCAAAGGGCCUGUGACAAAGACAUCUGAUAUUUUCUCCUUUGCUCUCGUGUGCAUCUACGCGGUGCAUAAACGCGUUAUCUUUGCCGUGGGGGAAGAGGAGCUGGAUGAAGGCGUGGACCCUUUGUCUAUUGUGAUUGAGCGCCAAAUCUCGUACUUUGCUGAUGAAGAGGGGAUAACUGCGUUUUUGAAAUAUCUUGGUGACGAUAAUCCCUGGGUGCAGGUUUUCGAGAUUAUUCGAGAUGGCUUUGACAAGGAACACCCUCGCAAACCAUUUUCCAUUUGGAAGGGCGUUGACGAAGAUUUCAAGAGCCUUAUUUGCUCCAUGACGAAUUUCGAUCCGGCGAAGAGGAUUACAGCUCGCGAGGCUUUGGCGCACAAGUGGUUCGAGGGCGUUGAAUAG